AUGUUUGCGGUCACUGAGGACUGUGUGGAGCCGACGAAGGGCUGGAUCAGCCGUGAGGGAAAACCGCUGCUGACGGUGUGCUUUAUGCACAGCUUUGGCAAGUGUGUCGGACGCACGAGCUCGAAUCCAGCGACAUGCUUCCAGAUCCACAUCAAGGCAAACGUCCUCAAUGCGCUCCGUAAGCAUUACACCCACCCCACCCGGCGCUUUUUCACGCGCACGGUGAAAGCGAUGCUCAGCCCGGAGCUCCGCCGGCUGCUGUGCAUGCGGGCACACAAAGAGUUCAAGGUGCAGUACCUCGAGUACCGCGUCAGCGACGUCUUUCCCUCAGCAGGUCUUCUGCAGUACGAGGCAGCGUACCGGCGAUGGUUGUUCUCCGACGACACAAGCGCAGAACACGCCAGUACCAUCACCGUUCUGCAGUGCCUGCACUUCUCCAUGACCGGGUCAUGCGACUCCAGCACUGACUGCCCCUACGUUCACGCCGAUCUCAGGAAAGCACAAGCACGUGAUCCGAUGCUGGCACGCGCACUGCGCGAUGUCAGCGACGUCACCCAGGGUCUCCCGACGGUGUCGAUUCGCGUUCCAGAGCUGCUGCCGCCGGGCCACCCGCCAACCAUCUGCCCCGUGGAUGUCACCUACGCCCCGCUCGCGGAGGGCGUCAAUCUCCAGAGCGGAAUGCCAUCGGGCCCGGCUCGAGAGUUCACCAAGGCGCCUGCUUUUACCCUGGUGCGCGGUGAGGGGGAAAGCGGUGGACGCCGCCUGCCACUUCAGAUGCACCAACGCGAGUCCAGCUCUUCUUCAGCUGGUGGGCACGCGAACAGCACGUAUCAGCUCAACCACGUUUCGUUCCUUAGCCAAGAUGGGCCGGCGUCGGAGAUGACCGCGGCCAAAACCCAGCCCACCAGCAGCAUCAACGAAAAGACCUCCUUCGACAGCAAAAGCGACAGUGGAUGGCUGAACAGCAGCAACGAGAGAGUUUGCAGCAGCAACAAUCACACCGGCAGCUGCGGCAGCGGAGCCGACUAA